AUGGUCUCAGCCAAGCAGGUCGCCCUAAUGGGCCUGUCGACGUUGGCAUCCGCCAGUGUAAACUCUACUGGCAACUCUACACUGACCAAGCCGAACUUUGUCUUUAUCAUGACAGAUGAUCAAGACUUGCAUCUCAGCUCUCUGGACCACAUGCCAUUGGUUCAAAAGUAUCUUGCGGAUGAAGGAACUAUAUUCAACAAGCACUUUUGCACCGUUUCCCUUUGUUGCCCAUCUCGGGUCUCCUUGUUGACCGGCCGUGCUGCUCACAACACUAAUGUGACAGACGUAAGUCUCCCGUAUGGAGGUUACCAGCAAUUCAUCAACAAUGGACUGCACGAGAAAUAUCUCCCUGUCUGGUUGCAGGAAGCAAACUACAACACCUACUACACUGGCAAGCUCAUGAACGGCUUUUCGGCAACAACAUACAACAAUCCGUACCCGGCAGGGUGGAAUGACAGCGACUUUUUGGUUGAUCCACAAACAUACUGGUACUAUAACGCCUCCAUGUCGCGAGACAACUCGACACUGCGCUACUUGCCUGGAAAUUACUCCACAGAUGUGAUAGCUAACACGGCCCUGGAGUAUCUUGACCUUGCCGCCGUCGCUGGUCAGCCAUUCUUUCUGGGCGUUACCCCAAUUGGACCUCAUGCGGAAAUGAAACCUUCCUUGUCGGGCGAGUUCCUUUUGCCAACACCGGCGGAUAGGCAUGCGAACCUUUUCCAGAACUUGACCGCACCUCGAUCGCCUUCUUUCAACAAACUACAGGGGAGCCCUGUCGGCUACUUUGCCACAUUGCCCGAGCUCAACGACACAGAAGUGGCCUAUGUGGAUCUCUUCUAUAGGAAGCGUAUCCAGUCUUUGCAAGCAGUCGACGAAUUGGUCGAAAGUGUCGUCAAAAAGCUCGAGGCAUUGAACCUAUUAGACAACACAUACAUCAUCUAUACCUCUGACAAUGGUUUCCACAUUGGCCAACACAGAUUGCCACCAGGAAAGACGACUUGUAUCGAGGAGGACAUUAAUGUCCCGUUUGUCGUGCGUGGCCCUGGUGUCGCCAAGGGCGCAGCCUACAACCAGCCCACGACGCACACGGACAUUGUCCCAACUCUCUUCACAUUGGCCAACAUCACCCUGCACGAUGACUUUGAUGGCGAGCCGAUACCCGUGACUACGGACCUCCAAGCCCGGACUGUGGCCAAGUCGGAGCAUGUCAAUGUCGAGUACUGGGGAGAAGGCAUCAUGGAGGGGACAAUUUCCAACUGGGUAACAUCGACCCUGCCCAACAACACCUACAAGCACGUUCGAGUAGUGUCUGAUGCUUUCGACCUCUCGUACACGGUGUGGUGCUCCAACGAACACGAGCUUUUUGAUUUCAAGGUAUGGCUUUUGACCCCCAUGAACUCUCAUUCAACGCGCGACAAUGCUGACCAUGCUCACCCCCCCAAAAAGACGGAUCCUUAUCAAAACACAAACCUCUACGGCCAGUCAGGUCUCAUUGCGGGCUACGACGCCGAAAAGUUGACGGCCCGUCUGGACGCGCUGCUGCUCACCCUCAAGGGCUGCAAGGGACGCGUAUGCACGAGACCGUGGGAGACGCUGCACCCGCAAGGCGACGUGCAGAACCUGACGCAGGCUCUGGAUUCCAAGUACGACCAGUUUUACCUCGAGCAGCAGCCCAAGGUGAGCUUCUCGCAGUGUGCCGCCGGGCAGCUGUUGGAGUACGAGGGCCCGCAGACGCCGCUGGGAUACGGCGGUGUUGACUCUGCAGAAUUGUUGAAAAACUGGGACCUGUGGACGUAG